AGUAGGUCAGUAAUCGGACCGGUGCAAGAACGGUCGUUUGGUGGAGGAAGUUCUCGGCGAGAUUCUUCGGCACCGGUUCCUGCAGUCUUCAGUCGUUGUUGAUACGCGGUCGCGGCCUGUGCUGUCUGACUUUCGAAAGGUGCACGUGGAUUUAUUGUUUUCCGGGUAUCAGAGGCAUGUCACAACCGAUAGCUUUCACAAGACCGAUUGUUCUGUAGUUGUCGCAGGAUUGGACGUCGAUUCGUCGAUUAGUGUGGUGCAAUUUUUUGUAAUUUAAUUGGACGUUUUAUGUACGAUGGGACUGUCUAAGGUACUGGUGUUGUGCGCCGUGGUUUCGCUGUCGAACGUUGUUAACGCCGGAAUUCUCGACACCUUCAGUUGGGCACGUUCAGACAAAAUCGAAGUUUCCAUCCCCUGGCUACCAUUCGAGAACGAGUCAAGAUGCUACGACGAGCUGGGAUGUUUGAACAUCACGCGGAGCUGGUACCAUUUGAUAAACAGGCCGCUCAACGUUUUUCCCUUGCCCAGAUCGGUGAUCAACACCAGGUUUAUACUUUACACCAGGUCCAAUCCCACCGAGGGUCAGCUGAUAAAGGCGUCGAACCAGUCGAUAAAUGAGUCCAAUUUUAGCAUAGAGAAAAAGACGAAGUUCAUCAUACACGGAUUCAUCGACACGCCGCUUUCCAAUUGGGUUGGGGACAUGCGAGACGAAUUGCUGAAAGCCGCCGACGUGAACGUCGUAGUGGUCGAUUGGGCUGGUGGAAGUUUGCCCCUUUACACCCAAGCAACCGCCAACACCAGAUUGGUCGGGUUAGAAAUCGCCCAUCUCAUCAAUUAUUUAGUUAAAAAACACGACUACGAUGCGAGAGAUGUGCACAUCAUAGGACACUCGUUGGGUGCCCACACCGCAGGAUACGCAGGAUCUUUAGUACCCGGUUUGGGGAGGAUAACUGGGUUGGACCCUGCCGAACCGUAUUUCCAGGGCAUGCCGGCACACGUAAGAUUGGACCCGAGCGACGCGGAAUUGGUCGACGUCAUCCACACGGACGGAAAAGGCAUAUUCUUUUUGGGUUACGGAAUGUCCCAGCCCUGCGGCCACUUGGAUUUCUAUCCGAACAACGGUAAAGAACAGCCAGGUUGCGACAUUACGCAAACCCCUUUAGUACCGUUGACACUUAUUAGGGACGGCUUGGAAGAAGCUUCCAGGGUGCUUGUGGCCUGCAACCACGUACGAGCCAUAAAACUGUUCAUUGACAGCAUCAACACCCAAUGUCCUUACAUAGCUCAUCAGUGCUCGGGUUUCAACCAGUUCAUGUCGGGCAAGUGCUUCACGUGUAAACCGGGUGCAAAUUGCGCCAUCAUGGGGUACCACGCGGAUAGCACGCCCGGAAUUGAAAACGAAGUCGCCCCCGUCAAACCGCAGGACACGGUCGGAGCUAAGUACUUCCUGACGACCGGAAGAGAGUACCCGUAUUGCCAUCGCAUGUACAGAAUAAGCGUGGAGUUGGCUAAACCUGGCCUGGCCGAAACGUGGGUGCAGGGUUUCGUGAAAGCCUCGUUGUACAGUCCGUCUGGCGUUAUCCACGCAGACCUGACGCCGUCCGGUGAUACUAAAUUGGAACACGGUACCACGUACACCACUGUGAUAUCACACCCCGUAGACCUGGGAGGGACGGUGCGAAAAAUCGAACUGAACUGGGAGUACGACAUGAACGUGCUCGAGCCUAGGACGUUGUGUCUGUUUUGGUGCAACGAUCACCUGUACGUUAAAAGCGUGAUGGUUGAUGAAAUGGAACUUCCCGGCAGAGGCAAAAGGGAUGCUCAGUUCACAAAAAGACUGUGCUCAAAAGGGAAAAGAGAGUAUGCGGACAUUCCAAACAGAGGAAGAGGGAUUUUCUUGGAUGGAUGUAGAAGUUCGGACAAAUAUGACAAAAGCUAGUAUUCGCAAUGGAUGCAAAUUUAUUGUUGUGUCAUACUGACUGGUUUCGGAUCUUACAUCACUUAAAUCGUACGAUGGGUCGGAUGAUCACUGCGUUUUUCCAAGUGUACUGUGUCUGAAUUGUGAUGUAUUUUUAUUAUUUAUUUAAAGUACAAAAUAUACAAUGUUAAAUAUUGCGUUAUAGAUCAAGUUUCAUCAAACUUAUUUCUAACAAUAUCCUAUAAAUGUAAACAUGACAGGUGGUGGAUGUUAGAUUUAUAUUGUUAUUUAAUAAUCAUUGUUGUUAAAUAAGUACAAAAUCACACAAAACAAUAAAAACAGUAUUAUAGUUUAUAAAAAAAAUAUCUGACUUAUAUUCUAUAGACAUUUAAUCAUUUAAAAUUGUGAUUGUGUAACAUCAAAUUAUUUCAUCAUGAUAUUGGUAUUUGCAUUGUAUAUUGUUCUUAGCACAAUAAAUCC